UUAUCCGAUUCACCUGUUAUCAUAAAAACGAGAACAAUCGAUUUCUCAUACACCUACCUACGAUUCUUAUGUGUUGUGUAUCAGGAUUUAUUUACAGCUGGAGUAGACACAAGUGCCGCCACUGUCAAUUGGGCAAUGGCGGAGCUUGCUAGGAAUCCAAGAGUGAUGAAGAAAGCACAAGAUGAAGUUAGAACUUUUGCUGGUAAAAAUGGUAUGGUUACCGAAGAUGAGAUUGAUCGGCUUCAAUACCUCAAGAUGGUGGUGAAAGAAACUCUGAGAUUGCACCCUCCAGGAGCCCUGUUACUUCCGAGAGAAACCAUGUCUCACUUCAGAAUCAACGGUUACGAUGUUCUUCCCAAAACGCUGAUACAAAUUCAUGUUUGGGCAAUCAGUCGAGACCCAAGGUACUGGAAGAACGCAGAAGAGUUCUUCCCCGAGAGGUUUAGUGAUAGCUCCAUUGAUUUUAAAGGACAACAUUGUGAGUUUUUGCCGUUUGGUGCCGGUCGAAGAAGCUGUCCUGGGAUGCAUUUGGCAACAAGAACAGUGGAGCUUGCGCUAGCCAAUCUCUUGCAUUGUUUUGAUUGGAAACUGCCCUUCGGAAUGAAGGGGAAGGAUAUUGACAUGGAAGAGGCAGCUGGUCCAAGUCUUACUAUCUCCAAGAAAACCGCCCUCCACCUUGUGCCAGUUGACAGGGUGCAGCGAUCUCUGGAAGAUCAUAUGAAGUGA